GCGGCUCCAGCCGCCAGCUUCCCCUUCGUGCUGUUCCGCGCUCCGCUCGGCUGAUGUGGAAGUAAACAUGUCUGUCACGGGAGGAGGACCGAGGGGCUUCUACUUCAACACCGUGCUGUCGCUGGCCCGCUCACUGGCAGCCCAUCACCCAGCACCAGAGGAGAAGGUCCAGAAGCUGCAAUGUAUGUGCCCUCUGGAGUCCCGCGGCGUCUUCACUCUGGAUGUGCGCCGCAGAGAUGCUGUCAUUGCCCUGGCUGUGUUUCUGGUGGAGUCUGGCCUGCAGCACAAAGACACACUUGUUCCAUACUUGCUGAGCCUGUUGCGAGGGUUGCCACGAGUCCAGUGGAUCGAAGAGAACUCGGGAAAGAAAGGAAAGGAUUCUCUUCCUGUAGCAGAAAACUUCAGCUUCUGCCUGGUGACUCUCCUGGCAGAUGUUGCUCAGAGAGACCCCGACUCCAGACAGGAGAUUCUGCAGUCAGUCAUGGAGGUCAUGCGGACGUUGCAGGGAAUGUGCCAGGCGCCUGAUAAUCAUGACAAAGGUAUUCAAACCGACAUCUGUGUGGAGAGAAAUGAUUUCAAAAAGCAUUUGUCUUCAGUUUACAUGUGCAGAUAUGUUGUACCGGGCCUCAUUGGUAUGACCCGAGCCUUCGGACGAUACAGCAACUUGGAUGAAGCUCUCCUGUCCAAGCUGUUCCCCAGAGAGUCUCCACAGGCUCGCUGUGUCACUGAGGAAACAGAGGGCAUACGCCGCAGGUCCUUCAAUGACUUCCGCUCAAUCUUGCCGUCUUCUCUUCUGACCGUGUGUCAGAACGACACGCUUCGGCGGCGACAUGGUGCCAACCUGGAUUCAUCUGGGCCCCUCUGCAGUGAUCCAGGGGGGCACUCGCCGUGUUCCCCAACCGGCCCACAUUACUUUGAAGGUGCUUACCUCCCUGACAGCAGCUCUGUUGAUCCCGACUACUACUUCUCCACAGUCAGCUCCAGUUUUUCAGUAUCUCCCCUCUUCAUCGACAUCGGCGAGAGCGAGGUGGAGAUGCCAGCGGAGCAGCUGUCUCAGCUCUUGGCCAUGGUCAAGAUAUUUGUUUCUGAUGCAUUUCUGAAAGGGCUGGACGCCACCUUGACUGAAGUGUCAGAUUCAAAUCCAGGGCUCCAGCUCUUCUACAAAAACUUCAGCGACACUCUCUACGUGUGUGUCUUCAAAAUGCUGCGGGACACUUUAUAUAACAUGAAAGCGCUGCAGCCGGCAUUUGUGCGGGAAGUGCACGAUUUCGUCCUGGAGCAGUUUAGCAGCAGUCAGUCAGAGCUGCAGCGGGUGCUUCAUGACACGGGAGGGUUGCCAGGGGAACAGAGCCCUCUCAAGCUGCGUUGCCAAGCCAACGCCGCGUGCGUGGACCUCAUGGUGUGGGCUGUUAAAGAUGAGCAAGGAGCCGAAAAUCUGUGCACCAAACUUUCGGAGAAGUUGCAGUCGAAAACCUCCAGUAAAGUCAUCAUUGCCCACAUGCCGCUGCUCAUUUGCUGCCUUCAGGGCCUGGGUCGCCUGUGUGAGAGGUUUCCAGUCGUUGCUCACUCCGCCUCCACCUCUCUCAAAGACUUCCUGGUGGUUCCCUCCCCAGUGCUCAUUAAGCUUUACAAGUAUCAUAGCCAGCACAGCACAGGUACAGGAGAAAUCCGAAUUAACGUGACGAACGAAUAUUCUCAGUCCACGCUCAACGUCUUGUCCAGCAGGAAAGACCAGCCGUCCAUGUACGAACAGCUGCGGGACAUUUCUAUUGACAACAUCUGCAGAUGUCUGAAAGCUGGCCUGACGAUGGACAAUGUGAUUGUGGAAGCUUUUCUAGCAAGUUUAUCUAACCGACUCUACAUCUCACAGGAGAAUGACAAAGAGGCUCAUCUCAUUCCAGACCACACCAUCCGAGCACUGGGCCACAUCGCAGUGGCCCUGAGGGACACUCCCAAAGUCAUGGAGCACAUCCUGCAGAUCUUACAGCAGAAGUUUUGUCAGCCUCCAUCGCAGCUGGAUGUUCUCAUCGUGGACCAGCUGGGGUGCAUGGUCAUCACAGGAAAUCAAUAUAUCUACCAGGAGGUUUGGAACUUGUUCCAGCAAAUCAGUGUGAAGGCCAGUUCAGUAGUCUACUCGGCGACCAAAGACUACAGAGACCAGGGCUACAGGCACUGCUCUCUGGCAGUCAUAAAUGCUUUGGCCAACAUUGCUGCCAACCUGCAGGGGGAGCAGCUGGUGGACGAACUCAUGGUCAACCUUUUGGAACUGUUUGUCCAGCUUGGAUUGGAGGGGAAGCGAGCCAGUGAACGGGCCUCAGACAAAGGCCCGGCUCUGAAAGCUUCAAGUAGUGCUGGAAAUCUGGGCGUCCUCAUUCCAGUGAUAGCUGUGUUGACUCGACGACUCCCGCCAAUCAAAGAAGCAAAGCCCCGCCUCCAGAAGCUUUUUAGGGACUUCUGGUUAUAUUCUGUAGUCAUGGGUUUUGCAGAGCCAGGAUCAGGUCUGUGGCCGGAGGAGUGGUAUGAAGGGGUGUGUGAAAUAGCCACCAAGUCUCCUCUUCUCACCUUCCCGAGUGGAGAGCCGCUGCGCUCUGAGCUGCAGUACAACUCGGCUCUGAAAAACGACACUGUCACGCCGGCGGAGUUGAGUGAGCUGCGGGCCACCAUCAGUAAUCUCCUCGACCCAACCCCAGAAGGAGCGGCCCUCAUUAACAAGCUUGAUUUUGCCAUUUCCACGUACCUGCUGUCCGUCUACAGAUUAGAGUACAUGAGGAUGCGGCGCUCAAACGAUCCGGACAGAUUCCAGGUGAUGUUUCGAUACUUUGAAGACAAAGCUAUCCAGAAAGACAAGUCAGGAAUGAUGCAGUGCAUCAUCUGUGUUGGCGACAAGGUGUUUGACGUCUUCCUCCAAAUGAUGGCUGAGAAGCCAAAAACCAAAGAGCACGAGGAAGAGCUGGAGCGGCAUGCUCAGUUCUUGUUGGUGAACUUCAACCACACCCACAAGAGGAUUCGCAGAGUGGCUGACAAAUAUCUGUCUGGACUGGCAGAAACUUUCCCACACCUGCUGUGGAGCGGCCGGGUACUGAAGACCAUGCUGGACAUCCUGCAGACGCUCUCCCUGUCGCUCAGUGCAGACAUCCACAAGGACCAACCCUACUAUGACAUUCCAGACACUCCCUACAGGAUCACGGUUCCUGACACCUAUGAAGCCAGAGAGAGCAUUGUGAAAGAUUUUGCUGCCCGCUGUGGAGAGAUCCUGAAAGAAGCAAUGAAGUGGGCUCCUUCAGUCACCAAGUCUCACCUACAGGAGUACUUGAACAAGCAUCAGAACUGGGUCUCAGGACUGACCCAACACACCGGACUGGCCAUGGCCACCGAAAGCAUUCUGCACUUUGCUGGCUACAACCGACAGAGUACCACACUGGGCACCACACAGCUGACGGAGCGACCAGCAUGUGUGAAAAAGGAUUACUCCAACUUCAUGGCUUCACUCAACCUACGCAACCGUUAUACUGGAGAGGUGGCUGGUAUGAUCCAGUUCUCAGAGGCGACCCACAGCCGGUCAGACCUCAAUAGACUGAUGAUCCUCCAGAUGACCAGUGCGCUGGAUAAGAAAGACCCCGAUGCUUUCACCCAGUCCAUGUUCAAGAUGGCCGCACUGCUCAUCACUACCAAAAAUUGUGACCCUCAGCUGCUCCAUCAUCUGUGUCGCUCCCCCCUCAAGAUGUUCACGGAGCACGGGAUGGAAACUGCUAUUGCUUGCUGGGAGUGGCUGCUUGCAGCACACAAUGGCGUGGAAGUACCAUUCAUGCGUGAGAUGGCUGGAGCCUGGCAGAUGACCGUGGAGCAGAAGAUGGGCUUGUUUUCUGAAGCCAAGGUAGAAACAGGCCCCCUAGCUGUUUCGGAAGAGAGUCAGCCAGCGCCAUGUGCUCCAGAUGUCGUGCCUCACUUCCUGUGGAUUGAGUUUUUGGUCCAAAGAUUUGAAAUAGCCAAAUACAGCAGCGCCGACCAGGUGGAGAUUUUCACCACCAUCCUGCAGAGAUCUUUGUCUCUCGAUGUGGGCGGAGCCAAAAACAACAUCAACACUCAUGUGGCCGCCAUCGGCCCACGAUUCAGACUCUUGACUCUGGGGCUGACUCUGCUGCACGCUGAUGUGGUGACCAACGCCACGAUCAGAAACGUGCUUCGAGAGAAGAUCUACUCCACGGCCUUUGACUACUUCAGUGUGAGUCCCAGGUUUCCCACUCAGACUGACAAGAAGCUGCGAGAGGACAUCAGCAUCGUGAUCAAGUUCUACGCCAGCCUGCAGUCUGACAAGAAGUAUCUGACUGCCAACCAACUGGUUCCACCUGAUCCUCAGGACAUGUCUGUCAACAGCCUGUCAGUCGUGGCGGUGAACGACAGUCGCAGCAGUCUGGAUGCAGCUGUGGGUCAGAGGCAGCAGGUCGCACAGGGGUGGAUCAACACAUACCACCUGUCCUCUGGGAUGUCCACAAUAUCUAAAAAAUCAGGACUCUCCAAAAAGAGCAACCGUGGCUCUCAGCUGCACAAGUACUAUAUGAAGCGCCGCACCCUUCUGCUGGCUCUGCUGGCCAGCGAGAUCGAGCGGCUGACAACGUGGUACAACCCCUUAUCAACGCAGGAGCUGGCUAUCGCCACUGAGCAGUCUGUGGAGACCAGCAUCGCCAACUGGAGGUCCAAGUACAUCAGCCUGAAUGAGAAGCAGUGGAAGGACACUGUCAACCUGGCAUGGAGCAUUGCACCCUACCUCGCACUGCAGCUCCCAGCCCGAUUCAAGAACACAGAGGCGAUUGUAUCAGAGGUCACAAGACUUGUCAGGCUGGACCCGGCUGCCGUGUGUGACGUUCCUGAAGCAGUCAAGUUUCUAGUGACGUGGCACACAAUAGAUGCCGACUCUCCAGAGUUGAGUCACAUCCUCUCCUGGGCUCCUGCAGAUCCCCCGACCGGACUCUCCUACUUUUCCUCCAUGUACCCCCCACACCCACUCACCGCGCAGUAUGGCGUCAAAGUGCUCCGCUCCUUUCCUCCCGACGCCAUUUUGUUUUACAUUCCUCAAAUCGUCCAGGCUCUCCGAUACGACAAGAUGGGCUACGUGAGGGAGUACAUCCUGUGGGCCGCCCAGAAGUCGCAGCUGCUGGCCCACCAGUUCAUCUGGAACAUGAAGACCAACAUAUAUCUGGACGAGGAGGGGAGCCAGAAAGACCCUGAUAUCGGGGAGCUGCUGGAGCAGAUGGUGGAGGAGAUCACUGGAUCUCUGUCCGGACCGGCCAAGGACUUCUACCAGAGAGAGUUUGACUUUUUCAACAAGAUCACCAACGUCUCCGCCACCAUCAAACCAUUCCCCAAAGGCGAGGAGAGGAAGCGCGCCUGUCUGGAGUCCUUGUCUCAGAUCAAGGUGCAGCCGGGGUGUUAUCUUCCCAGCAACCCCGAGGCCAUCGUCCUGGACAUCGACUACAAGUCUGGAACUCCAAUGCAGAGUGCUGCUAAAGCUCCGUAUCUGGCCAAGUUCAAAGUGCGCAGGUGUGGAGUGAGUGAGCUGGAGAAAGAAGGUCUGCUCUGUCGCUCUGACUCACUGGAUGAAGCCAAGAGUGAAGAGGAGGCCAAGAAGAUCUGCUGGCAGGCAGCCAUCUUUAAAGUGGGCGACGACUGCAGACAGGACAUGCUGGCUCUUCAGAUCAUCAGCCUGUUCAAAAACAUCUUCCAGCUGGUGGGUCUGGACCUCUACGUGUUCCCCUACAGGGUGGUGGCCACAGCCCCUGGUUGCGGUGUCAUCGAGUGCAUCCCAGACUGCAAGUCUCGGGAUCAGCUGGGACGCCAGACUGACAUCGGCAUGUAUGAAUUUUUCAGGAACCAGUACGGGGAUGAGUCCACGCUGGACUUCCAGAAGGCUCGCUACAACUUCAUUCGCAGCAUGGCGGCUUACAGCCUGCUGCUGUUCCUGCUGCAGAUCAAAGACCGACACAACGGCAACAUCAUGCUGGACAGCCAGGGACACCUGAUCCACAUCGACUUUGGCUUCAUGUUUGAGAGUUCUCCUGGUGGGAACUUGGGCUGGGAGCCAGACAUCAAACUGACUGAUGAGAUGGUGAUGAUCAUGGGCGGGAAGAUGGAAGCCACACCCUUCAAGUGGUUCAUGGAGAUGUGUGUCCGCGGUUACCUGGCUGUGCGGCCCUACAUGGACGGCGUGGUUUCUCUGGUCAACCUGAUGCUGGACACUGGACUUCCCUGCUUCAGAGGACAAACUAUCAAACUCCUCAAGCAGCGCUUCAGCCCGGGAAUGAGCGAGAAGGAGGCGGCGGGCUACAUCAUCAAGGUCAUCCAGAACUGCUUCCUGAGCAACAGGAGUCGGACCUAUGACAUGAUCCAGUAUUACCAAAACCAGAUCCCCUACUGAUCGUCUGUGCCUGGCAUGUGUGUACCAGCAAACCAACAGCAUGUGUGUAUGUGUGAGUGUGUGUGCGCCUUAAUUUAAGAUUCUGAUUGUCAGCCAUCAUUGGAUGUGUCUUUAUUUAUUGGGAUGAGAUGUGUCUCAUCGUCACUGCACUGAUCCUCUGCACGUCCACGUUGUCUGUGCCAAAUUUGGACUCCUCAUCUGUGAAUGUGGAAUUUUCCAAGUCUUAACUCGAACUGCCAGGUUCUGGGACGUUCAACUGUGCUAUUUUUUUAACUGAUCUUUGCUGUGGACACGUUUUGUACUCUGGGAGGAAAGAGGGGGCGAAGUCAGCGCUCUGUUAUUUUUGGAUGGAGUCCCAAGUAGCUUUGUCUCGUGUGGGUUUUUGGUGUUCUUAAGUGCCGUGCCGCAUGAUCACACGUCCCAAUAUCGUGCUAAUGUCCCUCUCUUGCCUCAAACUGUAAAUUCAAAGCCACAAGUUCUGUGUUUUAAUGCCUCAGAAUGAAGUUGCACAUGAAGAUUGAAGUGAAAUAAAGAUUUAUUAAUUUACGAAA